AUGAAAAGCGAAAGAGAGUUUGUUGGGACACUAUUAGGGUUCGAUGAUUUCGUUAACAUGGUCCUCGACGAUGUCACAGAAUACGAGAUUACUCCACAGGGAAUCAAGAAAACCAAGCUGGCCCAAACCCUACUCAACGGAAAUAACAUUUGCAUGCUUAUGCCUGGCAGCAACGGGCCAGAGGACAACCCAGCACUAUAG